UGGAACAGUUGGUAAAUAAUUCUUUUUCAUAUGGUAAACUGCAUGCUUUAUAGGUGAGCGACCAAAAAAAUCCCGGCUCUUUUCGUUACGAUAUCUAACUUGAAGUAGUUUUGGAACUAAAAAUCCAAAGAACGAUGAUGAAGAAGAUUUUUUUUGUCUGUGCAUGUUUCGCAUUGUUGGAUUCAACGAUAGCAAAGGGAGUCAUCGAUGUCGAGGGAUUCGUAGAAGAGCAAGAUCCUAGGCUUACAUCUGGUUUCAGUUGUAAGGGACAGAAGAACGGUCUGUAUCAAGAUCCCAAUGACUGCAGUGGUUUUAUCAAUUGUUGGGACGGUAGGAUUUUCUUCCAAAAGUGCCCGAAAGGACUCAAUUUCAAUCCCAAGACAAAAUAUUGUGAUUGGCCAGAAAACGUCACGUGCCCAGAUUUCUGUGCAUCACGUCCAGAUGGUAUCUACCCUGACCCAGAGACAUGCAAGGGUUUUAUUCAUUGUCAUAACAACAGGACAGCACGAAAGAACUGCCCUACUGGAACACUUUUUAACCCUAAACUGAAGGUCUGUGACUGGCCUCACAAUGUGGACUGUCCGACAGAGCCUGGCAGCGGAGACUUCAUGUGAAUGUUUGAUUCCAUUGAAUGUUAUUCAAUAAAACUUGUUGAAGGAUAUU